AUGGCCAUCAGCAACAUCCUGGCCGCUCCGGUUGGCGUCAUAGGUGCUGGGGCAGCGGGUUUAAUUACUGCACAUACCUUGGUUCAAGAUGGGUUUCAGAACGUGCAGGUUCUUACCCGCGACGAGCAUGCUGGGGGUGUCUGGGCGCGCGAACGGAUGUAUCCGGGUCUGGUCAUCAAUAGCGUGCAUGGCGACUUCCGAUAUUCACCUCUACCCAUGCCACCCUCCGUAAUGCCCGGAAAGCGUAUGACUGGUGAAGAGUUGCAGGCAUAUAUGGAACAAUUUGCAGAAUCGUUCUUGAAGGAUAACAUUCGCUACGGCACAGAGGUUCGCAAGAUUCGUCGCGACGAAGUCACGGGCUUGUGGUUCGUGGACGUUCUGAACAAGAAGCGCGGCACGCAUGAGACACUCAUAUAUUCGAGACUUGUCGUUUGCACUGGGGGCUGCAGCAAUCCCUCGAUUCCGGAAACUCUGACAGUGGAGUCGGCAAGAAAGGCCGGCUUCCGAGGUCUUGUGAUGCAUUCAUCCGAGUUCGCACAGCACGCAGAGAACCUGGUCAACAUGUCACAGCACUCCGGCAAUGACUUCAACGUGGUGGUAGCUGGGUCCGGCAAGUCUGCGCAGGACGUUUGUGUCUUCCUUGCCUCGAGGGGUAUCCCUGUUACCAUGGUGUUCGAAAACGCGGACGCUGUCGUAGCCCUCCCUUGGGCUUUGCCGGACUGGGUCAGGAAGAGCAGACUAACGAGCAUCAUGUCUCCGUACAUGGAUCUCAACACGAAAUUAGAGCAUUUCUUGCACUCAACGUGGUUGGGAAGCAAGAUCAUCCAUGGUGUCUGGCAUGCAUUCAAGGCAGUUUCGUACCGAACCUUGAAGAUCCCCAGCGACUCGCCACUGCGCCGCUCGCCUCAGAUAUACUGGACACUACGAGCUCAAGAAGAAGCAAUCUACCGCGAGGACGGAUUCUAUGCCUACGUCAACGCAGGGAAGAUCAAGCUUGCAGCGCCCGCGCGUGUUAUGGGAUAUGGUGACGAUGGGGAGUCUAUCGUCCUAAGCGACGGCCGCAAACUCAGAGCGGACGCUGCGGUAUACGCUACUGGAUUCCGGUCCUCGUGGACCAACUUAUUUGAUGAGCGUACGGAGAAGAGUCUGGGCCUGAUAAGACAGCGCUACGACCCGCCAGAGACGGACGAGUGGGCAUCUUUCAGUGGUCUCCGGUCGCCUCCAGAACAGCAGAGCGAGGUCGCAGGCGCACCGAUCUACCGAGGCAUUGUGCCAGCCAGGAACAUUGCGCAGAGGGACUUUGCCAUCAACGGGGCGAUCUUCUCAGCGAACAACGGCUACACAUUCGAGGUAACCUCGCACUGGAUAUCCUCCUACUUCCUCGGCGACCCCAUGCGCCUCCCGUCCUCAACCGAAGAAGCGCUCGCAGAGACUGCGCGGAGCGCUGCGUGGAUGCGCAAGCGCUAUCCUGGGAUGCUGGACAAGUUUAGCGAGAGCUACACCAGUGUUAUUGUUGCUUGGUCGUGGCCGCAGGCGAUGGACAACCUACUCGAUGACAUGGGUCUCCGGACCCAGAGGAGCGGAGGAAACUGGCUGACGUGGCCUUUCAAAGUCGUUAGCGUCGAUGAACUCAAGGGCUUGAAGCUCGAGAGAAAAACAAUUCGGGAGAGUACUUAA